AUGCCUUCUCCCAUCGCCAUCGAAGAUGAUAAAAAUGAGGAGCCACCGCAAUUAUAUUGGGUACCAAGAUCUUUUCAGGUAGCGAAGGAGACGGAUGCGACCAAAUCAACCACAGUAGAGCUCGAACAAGUGGCUUUGUUCGAAGAAUUUUUGGAAAGGAAAUUCCAUUUAGGAACGGGGUUAAGUCCCGAACUCAAGUUAAAACUUAUAGAUUUUCUUAAAGAUAACAUUGACUUCUUUGUGUGGUCGCAUUUAGAUAUGACAGUUAUUCUAUUGGAGGUGGCGGUCCACAAAUUGAGCUUGGAUACAGACAUGUUUGUUAAGGAAGAGGUAACCCGACUACUCGAUAUUGGUUCAAUUCGAGAGGUAAAGUACCCAAAAUGGUAUAAUCAAAUUAGGAUGAAACCAGAACAUCAAGAGAAGACUUUUUUCAUGACAAACUUUGGCACAUAUUGCUAUAAUGUGAUGCCUUUUGGUCUUAAAAAUGCUCGGCCACUUAUCAACGGAGAUCAUGUAGAGCAUCUCCAUGAGACGUUUUACAUUCUGAGAAAGUACAACAUGAAGCUCAACUCGAAAAAGUGUGCCUUCAGGGUUGACACCGAUAAAAUUUUGGGAUUUUCUUGUCUCACAAAGUGGGAUCGAGGUAAUCCCCGCCAAAAUCAAAGCCAUCUAGGAUAUCCCGAACCAGCUGACAAAUGUGAAGGAAGUACAAAGAAGAAUGACUUCGUGUGGAUUCCGGAAUGCCAGCAGGCUGAAAGACCUAAAAAGGUACCUAUCCAGCCAUCCGUUAUUGUCAAACCCGGGAGAAGGGGAGCAAAUAUUGAUUUAUCUAGCAAUCUCAGAAGUAGCGAUAAGAACCUUUUUGGUUUGAGAAGAAGAAGGAAUGUUCUUCAUAAGCCUGAGUUGUCAGGUGGUUUGGCUAAGUGGGCAGUCGAAGUUAGAGAAUUCGUUAUUGAAUAUAAGCACAGGACUACAAUUAAGUCACAAGUUUUGGCUUACUUCGUGGACGAUUUUAGUCCGGGAUUAAUGCCUUUGGCUGCUAAAGAAGCAGUGCUGGUAUCAGGACUGGUAUUGGGAGUUUCGACCUUGCUUACGGAUGGAGCCUCCAACGUAAAAGGGUCCCGUCUCGGAGUAGUUCUAAUCACCCCUUCGGGGGAAGCCCUAAUACAGGCCAUUAGAAUUGUAUCAUUAACUAAUAAUAAAGCCGAGUAUGAGGCUUUGGUUGUAGGAUUAGGUUCCGAGGUCAUCGAGAUAAAGUGCUUCUCCCAGCUGGUGGUAAACCAAGUGUAUGGAAUUUUCGACACAAAGGAGGAGCGCAUGCAACAAUAUUUGAACAAGGUUCAAGCAUUACUUACACGAUUCAAAGAGUGGUCAAUCGUCCAUGUUCCAAGGGAUGAAAAUGUGGAGGCAGACGCACUGGCUAAUUUGGGUUCAUCCAUAGAGAUAAAAGGAUCUGAUUCCUGUGCGGUCGUCCAAUUGCUUCAUUCAGUGUUGGAUGUUGAUGGCUACUGUGAAGUUAAUUCAAUCAACUUAAUCUGGGACUAG